AUGAAACUCCCCUUUGCGUUGGGAGGCGAGCAGCAGUAUACGCGGAGGGACAACAGCGUUCUUGAAGAUGGCUUCCGAUAUGGUACGAAAGUGGUGGAGAAGAUGACAAGAACAAUGGUCGCGAGAUCGGAGAGCACGUGCAAGCCGGGCGACGACAGCGCCAUUUGCGAGAAGCCAGUGAGCGAUACCAGUAGCUCAACGCUGCCGAUCGUUCUUGGUGCAGUCAUCCCCAUAACCUGCGCGCUCUGCGUAUUCGUAUAUCUUCACCGACGGAACAAGAAGAAGCAAGCCCUGGAAGAUGCCAACGACCCUCACAAGUCUCUGGACUUUGGAGUCGAGUUCACCGGCCAGCCGAAGAACAAGCGCGGCGUGACGAGCAAGAAAGGUGGCGAAGUGCCUGAGAUGACCAUUACAGACCUUGGACCGGACCCGAUGCGGCCCAACCGAGCAGUGCGUGGCAUGUCUAUGGACUUCGACAGCAACCCAUACCUACUGCCUGCGGGCCUGCACGGCUCGCGCGAGUCUCUUCACAGCAUGUCACGCUCAAUGGCCGAUGAACACGAUCCCUACCGACCUGUCACCUUCGUGCGGAGUUCAAACGAGACCUCGCGUUCUCCCAGACUCUUCCGCGAGAAUGGAUCCAUGUACUCUUCCGCCUCGACCGUGCAGACCGGCAACGAAAAGUCGAGCCUGGUGGCGAAUGCUCAGCGCAUGUCGCAGUCCUUCCCAAAGCGUGGCGACUCAAUGUCCACCUCAAGUCCCUCAGACGAAAACCCUACUCGCGAGCUCCACAGUGCUCUCCGUGGUGCCACUCCCAGCCGAAAGACGAGCCUGGGCUCGACAAGCCAGAACCUGGCCGACAUCUCUGAGAGCAAUCCUCCGCCUCGGAACAACUCACAAAAGGGGCCUCCGCCACCUCUCCCGCCACUGCCAGCUGAGCACUAUGAGCGGACAGCGUCCCCAACGGACUCAUCAAGUCGACCUCCACGCAAGGCAUCAUUAGCUGCCGCCGCGCUGGCUCCGAUCGAUGUUCGAGCAAGCGACUCCAGCUUCUACGGCGAUGAUGUGCCAGCAGUAGCCCCACCACCGCCGCGGGUGGUGGAGCCUGGGCAGGAAGACUAUGACAUCGAUCCAGCCCAGAUCUACACUGGCCGUUUCUCAAUCGAUGGUACCGCGCCCUCUCAACAAUUCCCAGUCCAGGACAACCGGAUGUCGGUCAUGGGCCUGAGGCCUCUUCCGCCAGCCGCGGAGCAGCAGGAAAACGCAGAGCAGCGCGCUAAUCGGAUAAGAUCCUUUUACAAAGAGUACUUUGACGACAGCCGCCCGAACCCACAGCAAGGCGUCUACGAAGACUAUGACCCUCAGUACCUCGAUGCUGCCGUUUACGACCCAGAGACUGGCGACUACCUCGUACCGCAGGCUCCAUUCGCACAGCCCAUGGGCCGUCGCGCCAUGACUCCUCCACCACGCGGCGCUGCGCACUUUGGUGGUCCCGAUCACAGCCGUCACUUCUCAACCAUGUCUGGCGGACGUGGUCCCCCUCGUGGACGCCCUGCGCAGCGCGCGCCGAAGAAGCAACUGCCGCCACCCAAAGAUCUCAAGUCCCUCCCCACGCCGUACAUGCUCCGCGAAGACACCGCGUUGAUCAUGAACCCCAUCGACUUCGCUCCACCAACCUCUUUCCGCGAACACCAGAACGGCCGUCGUCCGGAUAGCCCUGCAGGUAUCGCGCGUCCUUACUCGCCUGCGGUCAAGGCCUACUCGCCGCUCGUGCCCGCCUUCGACGACCUCAGCGCCAUGCCCUCACCCCACCACCUGCGCAAGAGCGGCACAUUCACGUCUCUGGACUUUGCGCCCAUGCCGCGCUUCCGUGGCCAAGAAGGCAGCGGAGCCAGCGACGCUGGCAGCAUACGCAGCGCGCGGAGCGGCAUCUCUGCGAUGCAGAUGGAUGCUGUCCGCGCCGGAGCGUAUCGCGUGAGCAGGAUCCCGAAGGAGUAUGUGACGAGCCGGGACGAUUUGGCCGGGCAGUUGAGGCCGAAGAUGAACUUGAUCAGUCCGGCAUAG